UUCACAUUGUGGAAGUGAAAAAAUUAACAUUAACAGGUGGUGUGAAAACUCGCGGGUUCAAAAUAGUUGUUUCCUCAUUCUCAACACGCUACAAAUUGGUUGCCAUUGUAUCGAGAAUCCAGCUCAUAGGCACAUCCAAUCUUCGACAAGAUGGAUGCUCAGAGAGCUUUGCUUGACGAACUCAUGGGCUCAGCACGUAAUUUGACUGAAGAAGAGAGAAAAGGGCAUCGGGAAGUUAAAUGGGAUGAUAAGGAUGUCUGUGGUUGCUACAUGAUUCGGUUCUGCCCUCACGAUUUGUUUGUCAACACACGAAGUGACUUAGGUGUGUGCCCAAAAAUUCAUGAUGCAAAGUUGAAGGAAAGUUUUGAGAAGUCCCCUAGACAUGAUUCAUAUGUCCCGAAGUUUGAAGCUGAACUAGCUCACUUCUGCGAAAGACUGGUCUCAGAUUUAGAUAGAAGAGUUAGGCGUGGUCGUGAACGACUUGAACAAGAUGUUGAAGUUCCCCCACCUCCUCCAAUUCCUGUUGAAAAAGCCGAGCAGUUGUCGGUGUUGGAAGAAAAGAUAAAGAGCCUGCUUGAACAAGUCGAGUCCCUUGGUGAAGCAGGUAAGGUUGAUGAAGCUGAGGCACUUAUGAGAAAGGUUGAAAUGCUUAAUAUUGAGAAGACCACCCUGACUCAGCAACCCCAACAAGAUAAGCUGCUGAUGAUGGCACAUGAGAAAAAAAUGGCGCUAUGUGAAGUUUGUGGUUCAUUUCUAGUAGCAAAUGAUGCUGUCGAGAGGACUCAGUCGCAUGUUGCUGGCAAGCAGCAUAUGGGUUAUGGCAUGGUCCGGGAGUUUCUGGCUGAGUAUAAGGAAGCCAGUGAGAAGACAAGAGAAGAAGGUAGACUGGCCAGAGAGAAAGAAGCCGAAGAACGAAGAAAGCUGAGAGAGAAAGAGUACGAGAGCAGACGAAGAAGCAGCUCGGCUGACAGGGAUAGGUAUCGUGAUCGGGAUUAUGACAGAUACCGAGAAAGGGAUAAUAGUCGGGGAAAACUGGAUAGAAAAAACAGCAACAGGUCCCGUAAUGGGAGAGAAAGCAGUAGGGAUAGAUAUCGAGAGCGUGAUAGAAGCAGGUCACAUUCUCCAGUAAGGCACGGUCGUCGUCGAAGCCCCGGACGCGCACGUUAGAGCAUUUUUCGUCUAUUAUUAUAUCUGAAUGCUGAAGAGGUAGACACCCCUCCUUUGUUAAUGAACAACCGAUGUCUAAUGUGUCAUUGUGGUUUGGAGUCUCUUUUGAAGUUACAUUUGACGAUGAGUAAAAAUGUUUUUCUGUUCUCACAGCUCUAUUUGAGACUGUACAAAAUCUCCUAUCACCGAUAUAAUUAGAGGAGAAAAAGGUCGAGGAUUUUGCAAAGGGUGUUCGAGGAUUGCACUUAAUUGUUUAUGGUAAACUUUGUUAUCUCAUUUGUAAUUGAAAGGUAUGCUUUUUGUAUGGAUAACAACUUCAUCAUGGUGACUCGAGUAAUCAUUGUUUGGUAUAUGUUUAUCUUGGUAAGUUCACACAAUUAGAUGGUGCCGUGAUAUUCUGGAAUUGUUUUUGUGAACUCUUUUUAAGUUUUCCAAAUGUUCUGCUUGAAGAACUCCAAGUUAAGUCUUGUGUAUAUCUUCUAGUUUAUAGUUUAUCCGAAAGUACGUUCUGGGGAUAAAUGUUUGUGUAUUCUAAUGUUUUUGGGAAUAUAUUAGAUGAAGCAAAAGCAAUAGGAUUAGGAGUGGUAUUGUCAACAGAAGCACUUGCAGGAGCGGUUUCAUCCAUAGGAUCAGCUGGCACACUUGUAGUUCAAAAGUGAUCAGUUGUUUUGGAAGGAUUUACAGCUUUCUAUUAUGAGUUUGUAGUGGAUAAAUGAAAAUGCAUUUGGAAACAUAUUUUUUGACAAUCUAU